CGCGUCUUCCUCUUUCACACACGCCUCUCCCUCUUCCUCUUCGUGUUCUAGCUAGUUCGCGGCGGCGGCGGUGGUGGUGCCCGGCUUUGCCGUGCAGCUAGCUCCCGGAGAUGUCUGAGGUGUCGGUGAUAAACCAGGCGGAGGUGGAGGACGCAUCGGCGGCGGCGCUGGACCUGCCACCGGGGUUCCGGUUCCACCCCACCGACGAGGAGAUCAUCUCGCACUACCUCACCCCCAAGGCGCUCGACCACCGCUUCUGCUCCGGCGUCAUCGGCGAGGUCGACCUCAACAAGUGCGAGCCCUGGCAACUCCCAGGCAGGGCGAAGAUGGGGGAGAAGGAGUGGUACUUCUUCUGCCACAAGGACCGCAAGUACCCCACGGGGACUCGCACGAACCGCGCCACCGUGAGCGGCUACUGGAAGGCCACCGGCAAGGACAAGGAGAUCUUCCGCGGGAACGGGCGAGGCGUCCUCGUCGGCAUGAAGAAAACGCUCGUCUUCUACCGGGGGCGCGCGCCCCGCGGCACCAAGACCGGCUGGGUCAUGCACGAGUUCCGGCUCGAGGGCAGGCUCCCCCACCCGCUCCAGCGCUCCUCAAAGGACGAGUGGGCCGUGUCCAAGGUGUUCAACAAGGAGCUCACGGCCGCGGCGACGACGUCCGCGUCCGGGGCAAUGGCGGCCGCGGGGGAGGCCGGCAUCGAUCGCGUCGGCUCGUUCGGGUUCAUCAGCGAGUUCCUGGAGUCCUCUGGCGAGCUGCCGCCGCUCGUGGACCCAUCUUUGGGCGCGGACCUCGACGAAGUGGUCGACUUCAAGGGCGGCCCCGCGUACAACGCCGGCGCGCCGGUCUCGAGCUACCAGCUCCAGGUCAAGACGGAGGCGCCCGUGCCGCCGCAGCACUACCAGUACCAGUACAACCAGCAGCUGCAGCAGGAGGCGCAGAUGGCGAUGUACUCGAGCCCGUACUUCUCGCUGCCGGCGGCGAGCUCCGGCGACCAGUCGCCGGCGAUCCGGCGCUACUGCAAGGCGGAGCAGGUGUCCGGGCAGACGUCGGCGCUGAGCCCGUCGCGCGACACGGGGCUGAGCACGGACCCGAACGCGGAGAUCUCGUCGGCGGUGUCCCAGCAGCACCAGGAGUUCCUCGACCACCUCGACGCCGACGAGUACCCCGCCCUCAACCUCGCCGACAUCUGGAAGUACUGAAAGCCGGCCGGAGCCGCCGCGCGCACCUACCGAUUCG